UUCACUGUUCAGGGACCACGUCAGCGAGGCGGUAACACAUAUAUCAUGGACGGUCCUGAAGAAAAGAUGAUAGGAUGGGUGUUAACUCUGAAUUAUAAAUUGUAUUGCACUUAACCUUUAAAAACAGGAAUUUAGAUGAAACUGUGUAUAAAAUCCCAAUUUGUGGAAAUUUCUUGGCGUCUACUGAAGAGGAAACGGACCAGAAUGAAUGACUAAUCUGAAGAAGGAACGUCCGAAGUUUGAGGUGUGUGAGCUGGUUAUAAGAUGUCUGGGCUCAUGUUCCUGCAGCAGGAUGUUGAGGAUCAGGUGGAACUGUGGUGGUUUGGUGAGCCAUGCAUCUCCCUGCUCUGCUACACCUCCUCUGUUGCCCUGGUGCUCGGCCUCGGGACAGGCGGUGUGGCACUCUUGUCUUCAGCCGGCUCUGCGGAGGUGUCCUCGGCUGUGUGGCGCCUCACCGUGGGCUCCGCCCUCUGCAUCCUGGCCCUCGUACUCGUGCUCAAGCAGUUGCUUAGCUCGGCCGUGCAGGACAUGGGCUGCGUGCGCAGUCGGCGACGCAUAGUGCAGCUGCGCAGUGGUGGGAGCAUCGAUCCAUCUCUGUUGCUCGCCAUCGGCCUGGCGCUGAUGCUCGGUGGUGCCACGGUGCUGCUGUGCUUGGCCUCGUCACAUAUGCUGCUCACAGGGACGCUCCUCUUGUCUUCUGGUGGCGCCGUGGUGCUGAGCGUUGUGGCGUACGGAGCGAUGAAGCAUGUGUGGGAACGGAGAGAAAGGAGAAGGAGGAGGAUACAUAGAAGGGUGAGGGUGUACACAGUGGCAGGACAGAGGAGUCACAUGUGGAGAGACUCCGCGUCGAGUCAAGCUGGUCUGAUAUGAACGGAAAAGAACGGAAAUGAAAAGCUGAGGAUUUCGUUGGCAGGAAGUCAAGGCUGAAUUUGUAGUUUAGAACAGAAGAGGAACCUGAGAUCCAAAGCAAAUCAUCUCCAGUCCAGUCCCCAUUGGUUUACUUCUAGAGGAGAAGAAGUGGUUGCAGAAUCAAGUGUAACUGUCAAAGAGUGUUUGAAUCAUUGGUCUUUGUUUGAUUUACACAAUCACUCAUUUCACACACACCAUCAUCGCCAUGUGCCAUCAGACUGUAGGAUCACGUGACCUCUCACAUUUUUUACACACUGCCAUAUUGCAAUCGAUUUGCUGGUCUGUGUCGCGGGCAUUUUUUUCUCCUAAAAACAUAGCAAGAUAAUGAAAUAUCUACACCCCCUCUCUGAUCUGAUCUACACCUACAUCUGAGCCGGUCCAGCUGGAUCAUGUCUC